GGUCCCAGUAACGAAAACCAAAGUGUCCCAAUAUUAAUGCCAGUGUCAUUUGAGAGUUGGAGAAUCCAACGUCAACGCUAUAAAUCCGACAACAUAAAUAGUCCCGUAAUCAUAAUUAAACUCACACACGCUUUCAUCAAAAUAGUCUUCAACGCCUCUUUUCCUCGACCUCUUUUUAGUUUUUUCCAUAACUUUUUUAUUCUUCACUCCUUUAAUCGAAAGAGUAGAAUCUGGUGAUCGAAAAUGGGGUGUUGCAGUAGCAAAGCGGCAGAUACUAAAGCCACCCGAAUGGCUCGAUGGCGUUCUACUGGCAUCGUUGCUUUACGCGACUCCAAAUUGAAGUCUUUUCCAGAUGAAGUUAUUAGCCUGGAGAGAUCUGUACGCACCCUCGACUUGACACACAAUAAAUUGGUUCAUAUUCCCAUGGAGAUCAACAAGUUAAUUAACUUACAGCGUCUAAUUUUGGCUGAUAACCUUAUUGAGCAUAUGCCUGUGAACCUGGGAUUGCUUCAGUCUUUGAAAGUUGCAACACUUGAUGGGAACCAAAUUACAACCUUGCCUGAUGAAAUGGGCCAGUUAGUGAAGCUUGAGCGUUUAUCUGUCUCAGCAAACUUGUUAACGAGCUUGCCUGACACCAUUGGGAGCUUGCGGAAUUUGGUGCUGUUGGAUGUUUCAAACAAUAAGUUAAAGUUUCUUCCUGAAUCUAUUGGAAGUUGCUUCUCUUUGGAAGAAUUGCAAGCUAAUGAUAAUUCUAUUGAAGAGCUUCCUGCUUCAAUUUGCAAUCUUGUUCAAUUAAAGUCACUCUGCCUGAACAACAACAAUCUCAAUCAGAUGCCUCUAAAUUUGUUAAGAGAAUGCAAGAGCUUGCAAAAUAUAGCACUGCACAGAAAUCCCAUUUCCAUGGACCAAUUUCAACAGAUGGAAGGCUUCAAGGAAUUUGAAGCCCGCCGUAAACAGAAGUUUGAUAAACAAAUUGAUUCAAAUGUCAUAAUCAGUUCGAAAGGGCUUGAUGAGGGUGUUGACUUGUGAUUCCUCUCCACAGGCAGUUUACGUUAACUUUGCGGCUUGAGGUUGGAUGGCAUUGUGACAGCUUUGACUUUGAUGAAAGCUGCAGCUUUGACUUGUGCGUAAUUCUAUCUAUGCUGAGUUACAGUAAUUCUAAAUGAUAUGCAGACCUAACGAUUUCCUUUACCUUUUUGAUAAUUUUAUGCAUAUUCAGUGAGCUGUAUAUCAUCAUUCAAAACCAAUGAUUAAAAACCUUAGUAAACAUGUCUUUUUUUUAAAAGUUAUAUUUGUAAAUUCGGUUGUACAGGGGGAUUGGAGAAGGGAGGCGAAAGAGGGUAGUGUGGAAACCCACACCUAUUGUAUGGAGUGCUUACUACCAGUCUUGGUGGAAACUAAUGUUCCAAUCCUAAUACUAGCAGAGUAAAAAACAUACUAAGUGAUUUCUUUUUAUU